UCAGCGGGUAUUUGCAAUGUUUACGUUAUUGUCACAUUUAUAGUGUACUACUACACUACCAGUUACGUUUGUAAAGUAGCUCCAUCAAUGAUUCAUAAUCAUAGGUCUUUCUAAUUCAGGACAGGUUUGAAUGCCUGUGGAGGGAAUAUAACACUGUCCAAGAACCAGUAAAAAAAAGUGGGGUCUCCCUUGUGCUAGCCGUUAUACCAAUCCUUAACGGCACCUUUCACCCCCUUAUAAAUUCAAACCCUCCUCCCCUCUCUUCAAAAACCAAAGCAAACAAACAAGUCUGAAGAAAUCAACCAACCAAAGCAAAAAUGGCUUCCUCCAAGCUCAGAAAGACAUGUUCUUUCACAAACCUUCUCCUUAGCUUUUUGAAUUUCUCUCUCUUCAUCCUCUCAGCAUCCUCAUUUGCACCCACAAUUCUCCUCAAGAUGCCCCCAACCUCUUUUGGCUUGGCUCUCCUUAUGGUCUCUGGCAUAUCAGUUCUCUCAUCUUUUGUGGGCUUCUACUCCCAGCUCACACACUUGUGUUUCCUUACCCACAUUUCACUUCUACUAGCCUCCUUAAUAGGACAAGUGUUGAGCAUAUUGGCCUUGUUCACAAAAGAGAAAGCAAGCAUGUCCAUGCUGAAGUCACCAAGGGACCCCAAAGAAGCCAAACUUUUGGUGAGGGUGGAAUGUGGGGCCUUGAUGGCAAUGUGCAUGUUGCAGUGUGUGGUGUUGAUGCUGAGUUGUGCAGUGCAUAGCUGUUGGGUGAAGGAUUAUAAGGAACUGAAUGCAGAGAAAGAGGCCUCAGCAAGGAAGAGGAGUAGAAGGAUUGCUGAAGUGCAGGAGGAGUCCAUGGCUAAUGCAACCAAGAUGGCAGAGAUUAAAGCUAAAGAAUUGGAUGAGAAAAUGAAAAACAAUUAUGGGAAAUGGGUGAAGACUGAUUUUGAACCAUGAGACUGAGGUUUUUCAACAUUUUGCUCUGUCUUCCUUCCUUCUACCUUGUACUAUUAGUGUAGAUAUUUGCAUUAUUGUUUAUUUAUUUGUUGGUGUUGAUUGUUUAGGGUCACUAUAAAGGUGGCCAUUGAAUUUGAAUGUUGUGAGCAUUCAAGGUAGGAGUAGUCUUUUUUACUCAACUAGUGUGUGCCUCGCACUUGUUUUUCAUGUAUAAUUUAUCCACCUAUUUUAUUUUA